AUGCGUUACAUUCUCCUCCUCGUCAUUGUCGUCGUCGCUGCUUACUUCAGUGAAGCGGGUCGACUCGACUGUCCUCCAUCUUCGGAGACGAAGAAUAUGGCAACCUAUUCUUGGAGGCAAGCCUACUGGACUGGUCAGGACACGACCUUCCUAGACUUUUUCAAGUCCGACGUGUCGAAGGAGUACAACCGUGGUGAUGUUUACCUCAACGUGGCCGAUGCCUCCAACGUGGGCAAGAUUAUCCACCCUGAGAGACUGGCCGAGCUCAUCGCCAACUUCCGCAAGGUCAGCGGAAACUCUGCAAGGUUCUAUCUUUUCUAUGCUCAAGGUGGUGGCAACGAUAAGAAAUGGGCCCCCGAUUUCGUUCGUGUCUUUAAGGAGUUCAUCCUCAAGUACGGCAACCCUGAUAUGGGUACUCUCGGUAUCAGCUUCCAAGUCAAGCUUGACCUUGCUACGUGGUACAACAUAUUUGAUGCUUUCGAUGCGCUCAAGACUGACCCACAGUUCAAGCCCUACAACAUAGCCCUUGAUGUUACGAUGAACUAUUACAACACUGACAGGAAACUGGUGGACCAGAUUAUGUUCAGGGCUGAUCACGUUACUCUGCUUACCUUCGCCAACACCUCCCCGCGACUUAUCAACUUUUUCGUAGCCUUCCUGACCAAAAUUUGUCCCAACUGUAACAAUAACUACUAUCCCAAUUACAAGGCUAAGAUCACUUUUUUGGCCGAAGGUGAUUGCAACUCGGGAGCCUGUAGUAAGACGUCGAUGUGUGCUUACUACAGCGAUCGCCUUACCGACCCCAAGGGAGGUAUCCUCUACGCUUACAAUCAGCUUUCGACUGCUCUCGACCAUGUUCGUGAUCAUGUUCUGUCUAAGCAUAAGUUUGAUUACUUCUUUGAAGCCGGUGGUACACAUAUCGGUCUUAGCUCCUUCUCGUGGGUCAUGUGUUACUACGGCUCCGAGUCGUGGCAUCAGAUUGGCCUACAAAAGUGUAUGUCCGACUACCAGUCCGCUUCACAGAUAUGCCGUCAAGGUUAAAUACCCUUAUGUCUCGAAAAUUAUUUUGAGGUCACCAUCAGAAGUAGAGCUUCGUGGUCAAGUCGCCGACGUUACUUUCUUUCACACGGGUGUUUUUCCCACGAUUAUUGCUCAUGAUCUAAGGAUGUAAGAUCAGAGUAGAAGUUUCUGGGCAACCACUCGACUCCACUCCGUAUUCACAACCCCUACCAACAGCACGUCUUCUCGACGGUUGCUAC